AUGUCCGCGCCCGAGGAACCGCCCAAUGUCGUCCCGUACGAGCCCGGCCCCGGCCCAUCGCUGGUCAACUCCCCGUCCGGCAGCGAGUCCACGGCGAGCCACGUUUCCUUCGACCCGGACAGCCUGCCCCCCGACGAGCAAUGUACGGACUACACACCUGUCUUCCCCGGGGACUGGCGACAAGAGGACGCGGAGGGCCUCCUGGAGCUGGGGUGGACGGCGAAACCGAUGCACGAGUAUGUUUACUGGCAAUCAUACUGCCCAUUCUGGACAAGCCCGACCUGGGACCCAACUAUCGAGAGUACAAUCGACGGUUCGAUGCAAAAGGCUGUCAGAGGCAGCGGGGAGGCUCUCAUGAGGCCUACGAUACUCCCGCGCGACCAGGGCGUCCCUCGGACCGAAUAUACCAAGCGAUGGGGCAUAAACGAAGCGUUCCCCAAGACUUCUAACGAUGAGGCGCGAUCGGGCUUGACACCAACUGGUGCUGCAACUGGUGCUGCGGCUGAUCCAGAACAGGAGAGGCUGUGGACACAAGAAGAGAGCUGGCAGACUUACUGGUUCGAUGGAUUCACGACGCAGGAGUUGAUUGACGUAGGCGCUUAUGCUCCAGACACCGACGUACCGAUGUCAGAUCUCCCGGCCAGGGCUCUAAAUCCCCUAUUCAGCCGAGAAAGAUGGAGGCAGCCAAUGUCAGAGACGGGCUUAGGAGGGGGAGGCGGUAAGCUUCGGAACUUAAACAUAAGAUAUUCUCUAAGUGGGAUAACGGACACAUAUGACGCCGAAAACAAUGACGACUUAUGGGUUGCUCUGCAGCCUUCCCUCCGACUGGCUUCCAACGUAAUAAACUCACAGCACCCUAUGUGGAUAAUGUUCCUACGAGGAAUCUAUCACAUGCGCAAGGUACCUAUGGCGAAAGACGGGCGCACCGACCGAGAGAAAAUUCAAGACGGGUACCGCCAGUUUCGGACCUUGUAUCCCGAGAUCGACGAGGGCGAGAUGUAUGAUAACGCUAGGCGGCUAUGGCGCAUGGGUUUCGACCCUGGACUAGCGACCGCAGGGAUCUUACACAACAGCCUGAGGUGGGGCUUCUGCGAAACUCAGCCUGCUGGCAACGCUGCGACUUUCACAAGCCCGGACUUCUCCAUCCAUAUCCUCCUCAGUGUACAUACCGUUUGGCCGCUUCUUGUGGAUGAUUAUCCAGAAAGCGAAAAGGUUGCCAUCCGAUGCAAGCUCGCCAUGACGAUCCUGCAUGAGCUCAUGCCUGCCAUCCCUUACCCGCUCCAGUCCACGUUGGCCUUCCGGUACAAUAACUUCAAGUCCUUGCUCGCUUGGCUUUCCAAGGUCAGCUUGGAUAUUGCAGGGUCGAAGAUUCUGAGACUGAGACUCCACUACGAGAGGAACACAUGGGACGACAAGUACGGGGCCAUUCGAGACUUGUGCCAGAGAAUCAUCCUGAACCUCGCGAAAGCGAGUGGCGACCUGCAGGUGUAUUUUUCAGGCGACCCUCAGGCAGACUCGCGACAAGUCGAUGCCCAACUGAAUGCUUUGUUCCGACACAACCUGUUAGAACUCCACAGACUCGUCGACUACGAGGGACGGUACGGGCAGUGUCUAGCAGCCGAGUACUUCCUCAAAGACCUCGACGACCGGUGGCUCGUCCGCCGGUCGAUGCACAUCCUCCUCGGACACCUCCAAGCGACCUUCGACCAACUGGGCGCCGUCAUGACGGAGAUGUUAGAAAUCUGGGAGGCGAUGGGCGCCAACGCCCGCUUCACCGAGCAGGUGCAGGAGUGCGAGAGCCUGUACGCCCGCCUCAACACGGCGCAGACGGCCAUAUUCGGGGUGGUCCAGGUCCUCCGCGGCAACACGCUCGACGAGAGGUCGGGCCCCGGGGGCCGCGGGCCGCUCGCGUCCGUCCCGGCCUCGAGGCGCGAGUUCAAGAACGGCCGCAGCCUGCGGGUGGCGGCCAUGAAGGAGUUCGCGCGCAUCACGGACCCCAAGGUCAAGAGGUGCGUCCAGACGUGGCUGAACGUCAUCCACUUCAGCCAGGACAUCAGGCACGACGACCCCGACGCGGAGGACGUGGUCGUCGGCGGGGGCACCAUGGCCGAGCUGAAGCGGGCCAAGGACCAGGCCACGGCGGACGCCUUGGCCAUCUCGUACCUCGAUCGGCAGGACCAGGUGGAGGCGAAUAGGGCCAAGGGGAUGGAGCCGGCAGAAGGGGAGGAUCGUGUCAUUGCUGGACUGCAGCAAGAGAUGGCCCAGCUUGAGGUGUCCUCGGGAAUUCCGGGCUUGUUCAGUCGAUCAUUUUCACAGGAGGAACAAGAUCGGCUCAGGCGGCGAAGGAGUAUCUAG